GUGAGAUAGAUCCCCACCAACGAGCCACUAUCCCUUUUUUCUUCUUCCUGCUGUUCUUCGUCUGUUUCAGCAGCUCGCUGCGCUCUUACCAACAAACUUGUUCAACGCGUAUUGUGUCGACGGAAAGCUCCGCCUUUCAUCGUACCCACAGCCCACCUAAACACACAGCGAAAAUGAGCCUUCAGGUGAGCCUUCUAAACAACACCUUCGCCAACCCGUUCAUGAACGCGGCCGGCGUGAUGUGCAGCACCACCGACGACCUCGUCGCCAUGACGGAGUCGGCGAGCGGGUCUCUCGUCUCCAAGAGCUGCACCCCCGCGCCGCGCGAGGGCAACCCGUCUCCGCGCUACAAGGAUCUCCCGCUCGGGAGCAUUAAUUCGAUGGGGCUGCCGAACAAAGGCUUUGACUACUACCUCGCCUACGCAUUGAGUCAGCACCACUACGGCGCGAAGCCGCUCUUCCUCUCCAUGUCGGGCUUCUCCGCCGAGGAGAACGCGGCGAUGUGCGAGCGGCUGGCCGCCGUGGCGACGGAGAAGGGCGUCAUUUUGGAGUUGAAUCUCUCCUGCCCGAACGUGCCCGGCAAGCCGCAGGUGGCCUACGACUUCGACGCCAUGCGGCGGUACCUGACGGCCGUCUCGGCGGUUUACCCGCAUCCGUUUGGUGUGAAGAUGCCACCGUACUUCGACAUCGCGCACUUCGACAUGGCCGCCGCCGUCCUAAACGAGUUCCCGAAGGUGAAGUUCGUUACCUGCAUCAACAGCGUGGGUAACGGCUUAGUGAUCGACGUGGAGAGCGAGACGGUGGUGAUCAAGCCGAAGCAAGGCUUUGGUGGGCUGGGUGGUCGCUACGUGCUGCCGACGGCCCUCGCGAACGUGAACGCCUUUUACCGCCGCUGCCCGGAAAAGCUCAUCUUCGGCUGCGGCGGCGUGUACUCGGGCGAGGACGCCUUCCUGCACGUUCUGGCUGGUGCGUCGAUGGUGCAGGUGGGUACGGCGCUGCACGAAGAGGGCGCCGGCAUCUUCGCGCGGCUGUGCAGUGAGCUGCAGCAGAUCAUGGGGAAGAAAGGCUACAAAACGCUGGACGAGUUCCGGGGGAAGGUGAAGACGCUCGAGUAG